AAACUUUUAAAAGCUCUGUGCUCCAAGUUAGAAAAAAGCCUUUACGAGGUAUCAGCACUUUUCUUUCAUUAGGGAAGGAGUGAGGAAAGUACCAAACAGCAGCAGACUUUUAAACUUGAAACAGGUCUGAGUGCCUGGACUGGCUUUUUCCUUUUACUUCAAUUCAUCCUCUAAGAAGUUCAAUCACUUGGCGUGCCUACUUCGCUUAAGAGAAAGAGGUCCUCCCAGGCAACAUGGGAGACUGGAGUGCCUUAGGCAAACUCCUUGAUAAAGUUCAAGCCUAUUCCACUGCAGGAGGGAAGGUAUGGCUGUCAGUGCUUUUCAUUUUCCGAAUCCUGCUCCUGGGAACAGCCGUGGAGUCAGCCUGGGGUGAUGAGCAGUCCGCCUUUCGUUGUAACACUCAGCAACCUGGUUGUGAAAACGUCUGCUAUGACAAGUCAUUCCCAAUCUCGCACGUGCGCUUCUGGGUCCUGCAGAUCAUCUUCGUGUCUGUCCCUACACUUCUGUACCUGGCUCACGUCUUCUAUGUGAUGCGCAAGGAAGAGAAGCUGAACAAGAAAGAGGAAGAGCUCAAAGUUGCUCAGACAGACGGGGCCAAUGUGGAUAUGCACUUGAAGCAGAUCGAAAUCAAAAAGUUCAAGUAUGGCAUCGAAGAGCAUGGCAAGGUGAAAAUGCGGGGUGGCCUGCUGCGCACCUACAUCAUCAGCAUUCUCUUCAAGUCCGUCUUCGAGGUGGCCUUCCUGCUCAUCCAGUGGUACAUCUAUGGCUUCAGCCUGAGUGCCGUUUACACUUGCAAAAGAGAUCCCUGCCCGCACCAGGUGGACUGUUUUCUCUCGCGCCCCACAGAGAAAACCAUCUUCAUCAUCUUCAUGCUCGUGGUGUCCUUGGUGUCUCUGGCCUUGAACAUCAUCGAACUCUUCUACGUCUUCUUCAAGGGUGUGAAGGAUCGUGUGAAGGGAAAAACCGACCUUUAUCAUGCUUCCACUGGCCCACUGAGCCCCUCGAAAGACUGUGGGUCUCCAAAAUACGCUUAUUUCAAUGGCUGCUCCUCGCCAACUGCUCCCCUGUCACCCAUGUCCCCUCCUGGGUACAAGCUGGUUACUGGAGAAAGAAAUAAUUCUUCCUGUCGCAAUUACAACAAGCAAGCAAGUGAGCAAAAUUGGGCUAAUUAUAGUGCAGAGCAAAAUCGGAUGGGGCAGGCAGGAAGCACCAUCUCCAACUCCCACGCGCAGCCUUUCGAUUUCCCCGAUGAUAACCAGAAUUCUAAAAAACUAGCUGCUGGGCAUGAAUUGCAACCGCUGGCCCUCAUGGACCCGCGCCCUGCCAGUCGAGCCAGCAGUCGAGCCAGCAGCCGCCCUCGACCAGACGACCUGGAGAUCUAAACCCAAGAGCAUCCAGAUUCCACUGAAAAGUGGAGAAGAAAAAGGUGCUGUAGAAAGUGCACCUUUAGGUGUUCAUUUUGUUCCAAGCGGAGGUGGUACUCAACAGCCUUCAUCAUGAGGCGUAGAAAACACAAAGACGUUAGAAUACUUGGGUUCAUGGGUGGGGGUGGGGGUUUGGGAUAGGUGGGCAGAGAGGGUGGGGAUAGGGGAGGCACAUGUUGGUAUUUAAUGUAGUUGAUUCUAAGGACAUAAAUUCUAAAUAAAAGUUACAUUAGGUGACACAUAGGUAUUUCACACCCCAACCUUAUCUCUAAGAAUAGUUCUGUAUAUGUGAAAGAGUGGGUGAGAUUUCCUCUUCAAUCAAGAAACUGAAAUAACUUUGGCAGGAAACAAUGCUUCCUGAACAUCUUGGAUUUGGGUUUUGUUUUGUUUUGUUUUUUACUUAGAGAAAAAGACCGGAUUGUCCUUAUGUCCCUACUAAAACAUUCCAUUGUAAAAAUUUGCACUUUGAAGGUAAACUUUCAAGGCUUGACACUCUAGGUAGCAAUGGACUUGUGCUACUACUUUUUAAUCUUGGUAUCAGUUUAAAGUUCGGACAAGGCCCACAGAAAAAGAUUUUCCAUGUGUUUGCAAAUCUCAGACAGUUCUUUUUAGAUCCACUAUCUUUGUACUAGUGCCAUCACCUUUUCAUCAUUCCUCAACUAUUUUAUAUUCAUUGAAUAGUUCCUGAAAGCAUUUUUAAAAUAGUUGAGAUGUUUCUUAACAUUUUUGAAUUAGUCAGGGAAGUGCAAGCCAUGCUCGAUAUUUAAUAAUCACUUGUAUGUGUGUGGAGGGUGUAUUUUAUGUGUCAUGUUUUGGUACAGUAUAAACUCACAAACAUUUAAAAAUAAUGCAUACACAAGUGUUCAAAUUUGAACCUUUUCUCAUGGAUUUUGUGGUUUGGGCCAAUAAAUGGUGUUUACAUUAUGUAAUUCCUGCUGUGCAAGUAAAGCACAUUUUUUCCCUAAAUUGUUUUCCCUUCAGUAUCCUAUUAUGGAUACUGGCUUUAUUAAUCUUUUUUUCUUUUUUCUUUUUUUUUUUUAGAAUAUAGCAAUAAUGCUAUUGUUGAAAUGAAUGAUUUCCUUUAUGAAAUGUAAUCAUUGAUGCUUGAAUGAUAGAAUUUUAGUACUGUAAACAAGCUUUAGUAAUUAAUGUGAGACUUAGAAGAGAUGCUUAGGAUGGAAUAUUACAUGUGCCUAAAUGAAUUUUUGCAAUAACUGGUAUUCUUGGUUUUGAUCUACUUAAAACACAUUAAUUCAGAAUUUGUACUUUUAAUAAAGUUGACAGUCUUGGGGUGACCAGCAAAUUUGAUGUUUGCACUAAGAUAAUAUUUGGAAUGCAAGAGAGGUUGAAAGUGAUUUCAGUAUACACAUGUACACAUGUAACUAAUUUAUUUGAAAUAUAUGCUAAAGAAAUUUACCAGUUUCUUCACAUUUUUUUUAAAAACUCAUCACAAAUGAUUAGCAAAAAUAUAGUGUCAUACUUUUCUUUUUGCAUGCCGGCUACAUAAACAGUUUUGAACCCUGAGAAAUACUAAUUUGUUUGACAUUCCAUGUUAAACUACUGUCAUGUUCAGCUUCAAUGCAUGUAAUGUAGUCCUAGCCCAUCAAAUCAUGAGUUCUGUUGAGUGUUCUUUGUUCAAUAAAAUUUUAAUUUAGUACAAAA